GCCGCCGGACGGGACUCUAAGAUGAAGUUAUGGGAUGUCGUGGCUGUCUGCCUGGUGCUGCUCCACACCGCGUCCGCCUUCCCGCUGCCCGCCGGUAAGAAGCCUCCUGAGGCGCCCGCCGAAGACCGCUCCCUCCGCCGCCGCGCGCCCUUCGCGCUGAGCCGUGACUCCACAAUGCCAGAGGAUUAUCCUGAUCAGAUUGAUGAUGUCAUGGAUUUUAUUCAAGCCACCAUUAAGAGACUGAAAAGGUCACCAGAUAAACAAAUGGCCGUGCUUCCCAGGAGAGAGCUUCCCAAGAGAGAGCGGAAUCGGCAGUCUGCUGGCCCAGAGAAUGCCCGAGGGAAAGGGCGUCGAGGCUGGAAGGGCAGAAACCGAAAUUGUGUCUUAACUGCCAUACAUUUAAAUGUCACCGACUUGGAUUUGGGCUACGAAACCAAGGAGGAACUGAUAUUCAGGUACUGCAGUGGCUCCUGCGACGCAGAGGAGACAACGUACGACAAAAUAUUAAAAAACUUAUCCAAAAGUAAAAGGCUGGCGAGUGACAAAGUCGGUCGGGCGUGCUGCAGACCCAUUGCCUUUGAUGAUGACUUGUCAUUCUUAGAUGAUAACCUGGCUUAUUAUACUCUAAGACAGCAUUCCGCUAAAAAGUGUGGAUGUAUCUGACUCCAGCUCCAGAGACCGCUGUGUAUUGCAUUCCGGCUACAGUGCAAAGAAGGGGACCAAGGUUCCCAGGAA